AUGGAUUCCUGCUUUCGCGCACUUUGCAUGACUUUUUUCCUCGCAUCGUUCACCCGGAGGUCAGGUGCAAUCGGACCGGUUAUCAAAUGCGAACCAUGUGACGCUGGAGCGCGUCUUUUGUGCAAACCUCUACCAAAGGACUGCGCCGAGAAAGUCCGCGAGCCGGGCUGCGGGUGCUGCAUGACCUGCGCGCUGAGCUUCGGCCAGCCGUGCGGCGUGUACACCGGGAGAUGUGGCUCCGGACUGACAUGUCAGCAUCAGCCCGGCGAGACCAAACCUCUGCAGGCUCUGCUGGAGGGACGCGGGAUUUGUGCAAACGCUACGAACAAACGAUCCAUCGCUAGACCAACACCUCGGGUUAAUGAACUUCCAGGUAAUUCUGCAGCAUGCAUUGAUAGGCGUAUCAAGUGCACUAUUUGCACAGUUGGUACUUUUUUUUUGUCUCGUAUACUGUUGCACUCAGUAUAUCCACGUGGAAUAGGUGUAUUUUUGUGCAUUUUUCGAUGACAUGCAGCUUGGAAUCAGGAUCAUAAUUUAUUUUAUUCCAAAUUCUUGAGCUUUACGCAUAAGCAAAGCUGAAGACCUGGACCCCCCUUGAAUGAAAAUAUUUGAUUUUCAGUUUGAUCAUGACCUACUUUGAGAUAUUGUAAAGCUGAUCAAUUCAACUGGAUUAAAUGUUAAGGAAAGAAGUAUUUGUAACAAAUUGAUAGCAGUUUUCCUGCACAUUCCUGCCACUUUUCUUCCAAAUUUCAGCUGCAGGUUAUUAUAAAUUAAGUAUAUUACUCAUACACUUCAACAUAUUUGUUUCCAAACUUCAGCAGAGACCACCGAGUCUCAGGAUGACGAGAGGAAUUCCACUAGCUCAGGCCCUCAACUGCCAUACAGCACCCACAGACCAACAGGACCCCUCAGACCUCCACUUCACCUCUUUUUCCCCUCUGCCAAGUCAGAAGUCCUCCGACGGGAGCAGCAGAAGAGAACCCAGAGCUUUAAGAUGGAGGAGCUUCCAGGACCACUUAUCACAGACCAACAAAACUUCUCUCUGGAGACCAAACAGGAGCCCGAGUAUGUAAGUACUGCAACCAAUAUUUUUCAGUCUUCAGAGCAUACUGGAGGAAUGUUUUUCUCCUCUUCCUCUGUGUUUUGGUGUUUUUCUCCCCCUGCGGGUGAUGAAAUGUUUUGGGUAGUGGCGCUGACAGUUGGCAGGCAUCGUGAGCAGUAGAAUGGCAUGGCAGAGAGUGGGUACGAUGGCCCUGUGGCUGACCUGGGUCAGGCGAUUGUUUGGCCACAAGGCGUCCGCGUGCCGGGUGCACUGGGAGCCAACGAAUGAUGGAUUGGCCUAUGUGAGUGCCUGUUAGGAAGCCCUGCUGCUAUUUUGAUCUUCUUUUUGGCCAGAGAAGUGAGCACACACUAGUAAUGGGCUUUGACUGGCUGCUUUGAUUAGUGACUGGAGUACUUGGACUUAAAGACAAGCCUUUUCACUUUAUCCUCCAGCCUUUGUGUAAAAGAGGCCUAAGCAGCUUUGGAAUACUGCUAAGUCGCUGCAAGCUGGUUAAAUGAAUUAUUUUCUCAUCUUUCACCUCUUUUAUAUUGCAACAACCAUUGUUGGGGUAUUACGGCAGGGAGGGAUAUUUGAUGCAGAAUGAGUCAGCUUUUAUAGCGUCCAGAAACCAGGGCUUUUGUGGCACAAUAAAACCUCCAAAUGAGCUUGUGCUUAUGGCAUCAGUUUGAGGUUUUUAAAAGUUUGAGAGAUUAAAAUGCAGUAUUUUAUGUAGACUUAAUAGAGAAAGUAAUUUAACUGUUAAUUUGUCCUCUUUUCCGCAGGGUCCUUGUCGGAGAGAGAUAGAGAGCAUCCUCAGCAGUCUGAAGAUUACAGACAUUCUUAACCCCAGAGGUUUCCGGAUACCAAACUGUGACAAGAAGGGCUUCUAUAAGAAAAAGCAGGUAAUAAAGACCAUCUACAGACUAUCUUGAUACUGAUUCAUGCAUCAUUUCUUUGAUUCAACCCAUUAUUAAAACUACCAGAUAAAACUUUAUUGCACGGCUGUAAAAAUGAAACCACAUCUCCCUUUUCACAUGCUGCAUUAAUGAGGAUUCAAUGUUGUAGCCUAGUGACUCAAACUUAGGUCUCCUGCAGCCCAAUUACAGAUUUGUAGCUGUCCUCCUGUACUCAUUGGUAGUUAUUAGAGCCUCAUCAUUGCACCACCACACCAGUGAGGUAGACCCUAGCCACUGGCGCUGGAGACAGGAACCGCAGGGGCCAAACCCCAGUGGGGUUGACGGCUGGGACGAUGGCCGUUUAACAGGAACCCUCCCAGGGAGACAGACGUCAAGGUGGCCACCAGCACCCGAUGCGCUCCCCCCAUAAUUGCUGGACUUUUGAGAAGCAUGCACAGAAAUAGAGCUGCAGCCAUCCCCAUGCUCACAUGGUUCACCCACGAUCUGGGCUGCUCUAAAUGAGUGGUUCUGACGCAUUCAUAUGGAGGCACUUUGGGCUCCCGUGCCACUGCAUCACCGAGGGAGCUUUUCUUGCAGCGCAGCAGUCUCUCCAGCUUAAUGGGGUAUUCUCUUGACCUACAAUCAUCCCUUAACCAGUCUCGCAACGCCAGGCUCAUUGUCUCUGUUUUUAUAGGAUGGAGCGAGAAUCCUCACUGAGCUCUGAGGCGCUGGAAUUUUGCCGUUUGAUUUCGACAUAUGCAGCAAAGAUUUAAAUUUGUGGGCAGAUGCAGCUCCAAACAAUGAUCGCCCUGACUUUUUUCAUGAAGAUGAAGUGUUGCAGUACAAAAUUUAAACACUUUUAUGAUGUAUUCUUUGUCAACAUGUUUUGUGAUUUCAAGAUUGAAUGAUUCGCAGGAUCUUCUUCCUCAGCCUUUAAAUCGAACCCUGCGUAGAUAUUAGGUGAAAUAAGGAUGCCUUCUUUCCUGAUCAGCUCUGACUCUUCUUUGCAGCAGCAGCAGCAGCAGCAGCAGCAGCAGCACAGUUGCUUUAGCCUUUGAAAUGAAUGGCUGCAUGUUUUACUAGAGUGGAGGUUGACCUUUAGUAAAAUUGGCAGUAAAAUAACAGCCCUUGGGUAGCUCCACAGGCUCUGUAAGUCAUUUGUAGUACCCAUAAUUUGGAGCUGUGGGGUAUAAUCAGCAACAGAUGAUUCGUACUGGCCACCAGCUUCUGAAAAUAGAUCUUGGUUCUCAGUUGUUCACAAACGGGACUAAGCAAAUAUUUUACCAGGUCUCUGUUUACCUUAAAGGUCUCUAUAUGUGUGUAAAAGGAGGUAGACCAUAAAAAGCAGCUCAAAAUACCACAGUGUGCUGGAUAACCAAGGCUGCGUCCACUCAGCACAAUCUAACCAUUAAUGCCUCUUUACUAUCGCUGUUCUACUUCAUUGAGUUAAGUGGUUUGUUACCCUUGAUGCUGCACAGUCAAAUGGAUUUGCACUUUUGCUCACUCUUCACCUUUUUCUCCCCCCUCCCUUCACCUUGUCACUUCUUACCCCCCCUCCUCCUCCAGUGCCGUCCAUCCAAAGGCAGAAAGCGAGGCUUCUGUUGGUGUGUGGACAAAUACGGGCAGCCCUUGCCAGGUUUUGAUGGGAAGGAGCGAGGAGACGCCCAGUACUACAACUCAGAGAGCCAAUAGGAGCGAC